AUGGUCGCCCUGAAGGAAAUCCACCUCGACUCCGAAGAAGGCACCCCCUCCACCGCCAUCCGUGAAAUCUCCCUGAUGAAAGAACUCAAGCACGAAAGCAUCGUCUCCCUCUACGACGUCAUCCACACCGAGAACAAGCUCAUGCUCGUCUUCGAAUUCAUGGACAGGGAUCUAAAGCGCUACAUGGACACCCGCGGUGACCGCGGCCAACUAGACCCCGCCACAAUCAAGUCCUUCAUGCACCAACUGAUGAAAGGCAUCGCCUUCUGCCACGAGAACAGGGUUCUACACCGAGACCUGAAGCCGCAAAACCUCCUAAUCAACAAAAAAGGCCAACUCAAGCUCGGCGACUUCGGUCUCGCGCGCGCAUUUGGUAUUCCGGUUAACACCUUCUCCAACGAGGUCGUCACGCUAUGGUACCGGGCACCAGACGUCCUCCUCGGCAGUCGCACUUACAACACCAGCAUCGACAUCUGGUCAGCGGGCUGCAUCAUGGCAGAGAUGUACACGGGCCGUCCGCUAUUCCCGGGCACCACAAACGAAGACCAAUUGCUCAAGAUCUUCCGGCUGAUGGGGACACCCUCCGAACGCUCUUGGCCGGGCAUCUCGCAAUUGCCGGAAUAUAAACCGACCUUUCACGUGUACGCGACGCAAGAUCUGGGCCUAAUCUUGCCCCAGAUCGACCCGUUGGGCCUGGAUCUGCUAAACCGCAUGCUCCAGCUACGCCCGGAGAUGCGGAUUAGCGCCGCUGACGCCCUGCAGCACCCUUGGUUCCAUGAUUUGCCUCAGGUGCAGGCUCAGUUGCAGCAGCAACAGCAGCAGCAACAGCAGCAGAUGGCGGGGGCAUAUGGGGGAAUGGUUCCUCCUCAAUCUGCGUACUAG